AUGAAGCAGGAUGAACAACAAGCCCAAUACGCGGGUCAACAGGGCAUGCCCCGUCGCUCUGCUUCCAGGUCAUCCGGCAGUACGGCAGACCGAUUCAGACAGGCCGGGUUCAAUCCAACACGUGGAGACCCAUCGCAGGCCGCUGGGAGACCACGAAUGCCUGCAUACAUGGACUAUGGAUACACAGACAGCGCCUUUCAGGGCGGUGCGUUGCAGGAGGACGAAUUGCAACCGUAUCCGCCGACGUUGCGCGACCAGCAGCAGCGCCAGCAGCCCUUCCCUUCGUAUGAGUCCGAGCUGGUAUACAACCUCGGGCAGCAGGGCCCAACGCAGACUCCGUACGAGGUCGUGCCACAAUAUUCGUCACGGCAGUCUGCGUCUCUGGAUUCACUCUCCGGUCAAUUUCCCGUUCCACAGUAUUUCGCUCCCAAUGAGCCGUCAGGCACCGGGCUUCCAUCGCAUUACCUGCCACCGGGGCUUUCUCUAUCCGCAUAUAAUCACCCGGGGCCCAUUGGACGCUCGAGUGCAACGCAGCCCUUUCCCGCAACCAUGGCGGACAUGACCCCCGUGGGGGCGGCGGGACAACAGCAGGCGCUCUCACAGCCGCAGGUGCAGGCCUUGCCUGAACCUCCGCCGUCAGCUGAACCGCUUCGACAAUUCCAGCGAGCAUUACGAGUGACCGUCGAUCAUACGCGCGCCGGCCGAUUGGUAGAGGCUAGCCGAUCACUGCUGGAUAUCUCCGAGUGGCUGGUGGCUACUGCACGGGAACUUGGAUAA